AUGUCAUAUCUCCGUCCACUCUACACAGAAGCAACGUCAUCGAUACAACGAAGAUUAGCUCAUCUCUUCCCCCUUUCACAUCCAAUAUCGCACUCAAUAGGACGAGCAUACCUAGCACAUCACGCUGCAGAGACGUUCCCUUCCCCUACCUCCUCCCCCUCCUCCUCCUCAGCACGCCGCACACUCCCCCUCCAUCGUUCAGAAUACGACUCUUUCAGUCCCACCCCUCUCGGAGAUCAAGAAGCAGAAGAAGCGGCCAAAGCCUCCAUACUCGACGUACUCAUCAACCGCCAACCUACGGACCUUCAGCUCAGAUGUACAGUGUUAGAUCAGGAGGGGAAUAUCAAGACUAUCUCGGGAAAGUUUAGAAAGGCGGACUUGUGUGUCGAGCAUCGGUUGAACCCCCGCGAUCUAAGAAAAAUCGACUCCCGAGUCCCCAACCUCGUGCCUACCAUCCUCAGCAGAAAAGACUGCAUCCUAGUGAACAUCCUACAUAUCCGCGCUUUGAUAAAAUGCGACACUGUGCUCCUGUUCGACACGUACGGGUCUGUCGAUACGAGGCUGAACAGUGUUUUCCUCUACCACCUGGAACAUAACUUGAAGCUGAAAUCCUCUGUGCCGUAUGAAUUCCGAGCGCUGGAGAGCGUGCUCGCUAGUGUUGUCAGCGCCUUGGAGAGCGAGAUGGUCCUUACCCGGCAGCUGACCACGGGGUUGUUGACCGACUUGGAAGACGAUAUCGAUCGGGACAAGCUCAAGCGUUUACUACACUACUCUCGCCGCUUAGCCGGGUUCAGGAAUCGCGCUAAAUUGGUGGACGUAGCGCUGGAGGAAGUACUGGAACAGGACGAAGAUCUGGCGGCGAUGUACCUUUCUGAUAGGAGGAGGGGGAGACCGAGAGAGGCGGCGGAUCAUGAGGAGCUGGAGGUUUUGCUAGAGUCGUUCGCUAAACAGGUAGAGGAGAUCGAGAAUGAGGCAUCGACGAUGAUGGGAAACGUCCAAUCCACGCAAGAGAUCGUCGAGCUCAUCCUAGACAGCAACCGGAACGCCCUCCUAGCACUCGACAUCAAAAUUGCGAUCCUCACUCUCGGAGUCGGAGUGUCCAGCGUAGGCGCAGCAAUAUUCGGUAUGAACCUCCGGUCAGCGUUGGAGGAGUCGAGCGUAGCGUUUUGGGCCGUGAGCGGGAGUGCGCUCGUUGCGGCGGGGGUGGUUAGUGCGCUUGGACUGGGGAAGUUGGCGAGGUUGAGGAGGGUGGGGUUGGGGGGAGGGAGGAAGAAGGCUGCGGCUGUCGGUGCGGGGGGGAGGGGAGGGAGGGGAAGGUGGUUGGGACCGCCGCUUAGGGGCUGGGGAGGGGGGAAGGAAGUGAGGAGUCAGUAG